AAACAAAAAAAAGUGUUAUCGUGGUGCAUUGCCCUCCUCAACUCUCAUUCUCUUUCCUGUCUCAAAAUCUCAGCUUCCUUCCUCCGCCACAAGACCACCUUAAUUCCUGUCUCUGUCGGAUCAGAAUUUCAAGAACCAUGUAAUGUAACCCUCCAAUUUUCUUGCCUUAUCAUACCUCCUUUCGUUAAUGGAUUUCAAGUCCCAUCAAACCCUUAAACCUUGUCUCUCCUCUCUAUGGCUCUUCUUUCUUUCCCUCGUUUUCUUUCUCCCUCAUUCUCUUCGAACCCCAAAGCUCGUCCUUCUCUCUGUUGUACAUCUUCUAUAAUGUCCGUGAAGAAAAUGAAAGCGGCUGGUUCUGGUGCUGGGAACAAAGAUGCAGCAGCUAUACUAUGGUACAAACACGAUCUUCGUGUCGACGAUCACCCCGGCAUUGUUGCAGCUUCUAUGCAUCGCACACUUGUACCUUUAUACAUCUUCGAUCCCCGGAUUCUUUCUCGAUUUCCGGAUGACAUGCUCGAAUUACUUCUUUUUGCUUUGAAGGAUCUGAAGAGUUCACUCAGGGAGCAGGGAUCUAAUCUGAUGAUUAGGUUCGGGACUGCAGAGAGUAUCAUAGAAGGGCUUGUCAAAGAGGUCAAGGCUACCAACAUAUUUACAGAGGAGGAGGUGGAGUUUGGCUUAUGGAGAAUGGUAGAAGGUGUAAAAGAGACCUUGGAUACAAUAUCUUUUGCUGAGGGGACUCCCAAACUUGCAAUAUGGAACAGGCCAUUUUAUGUUAUGAAGAGCUUGAAGGAAUUGCCCAAAUCAUACGAUGAAUUCAAGAAGAUGAAAUUGCCCACUAUGCCACCUCUUCCUCCCCAAGUGUUACCAAAAGGAGAUAUGAGCUUGUCUUGGGGUACUUUGCCCACAUUAGAAGAUUUGAAGAAAUUUAUGGAUGACAAUGCUGGCACGUUAGGAAACAGAUGGGCUUCGAUUGAGAAGGAUUCAGCUACAAGUGAAUUACGAAAAGACCAGGCAGCAACUCUGAGUACUGUGGUUCAAGGUUUGAGAGAGGAAAAGUUUAAUGGGAUUGGGAACAGUCAAAGUGAUUCAAGUCUCAAGAAAAUUCAGAGGAAGAGACCCGUAAAAUCUGCUUUUGUCACACAAUAUGGAAAUAUAGUGGGAGGUGGUACAAGUCUAGUGUUGAAUGCUUUGGCUGCAUAUUUGAGAUAUCCGGAGGGUACUUCUCGUGAUGAAUGGCAGGAGGUACAUGAAAAACUGCGUGCAGCUGAAACUCGGGAAGGAGCCUCAUUUGGUGCUCUUUUUGGGUCCGCUCUUCUUCUUGGAAUAAUUUCCAGAAGAAGAGUGUAUUAUGAAGCGAUUGAGUACGAGAAAGAACGAAAUGCUGGAAUUAUAUCGCAUUUUGGAUGCUCAGCAAAAAUGGUUGCUGCAGCAGCGGAUACUGUGUGUUCAAUGGAGUGGUAUACGCUGUUGGCUUUGAAAAGUAAGGCAGCUAGUUUGGGAGGUUCCUCUGUUAGGAUAUGGAGAUGGAAUGGCUAUCUGAUCCAUUAUACACAGAGUGGUGAUGAAGGUCCUGCUCUUCUGCUCGUGCAUGGUUUUGGUGCUUUUUGGAGCCAUUAUCGUGACAAUAUACAUAACAUUGCGGAAGGUGGAAAUCGAGUCUGGGCAUUGACACUCCUGGGGUUCGGUGAAUCAGAAAAACCAAAUAUUGUCUACACUGAAGUUGUGUGGGCUAAGUUGCUGAGAGAUUUCAUAAUUGAAGUAGUGGGAGAACCUGUCCAUCUUGUUGGCAACUCAAUUGGUGGAUAUCUUGUUGCCAUUGUUGCUUGUCUUUGGCCUGCUUUGGCCAAGUCUGUGAUCCUUUUGAACAGUGCUGGCAAUGUUAUUCCUGGCUAUUCUGGUGCACGCCAUUCUGAUGUUAGGCAAACUUCAGGAGCAGCAUGGCUAGGUGCUCGGUUCCUUUCACUGUUCUUGCGUUUGAAUCUGAGGAAAAUAGUGAGAAGUUGCUAUCCAAUUAGAAGUGAUCGUGCAGAUGAGUGGCUUAUCCAGGAGAUGCUGCGAGCAUCUUAUGACCCUGGUGUAGUGGUGGUCCUAGAAAGCAUUUUCAGCUUUGAUCUUUCUGUCCCUCUUAAUUAUCUUUUGCAAGGAUUUGAGAAGAGAGUUCUUGUAUUACAGGGAAUGAAAGAUCCAAUUUCUGAUUCAAAAUCAAGGUUAGAUAUGCUGAGAGAACACUGUGAAGGAAUCAUAAUCAGAGAGUUAGAUGCUGGCCAUUGCCCACAUGAUGAGAAACCAGAGGAAGUCAACUCUAUCAUUCAAGAAUGGGUAGAUACACUUGAGAGUGAAGCACUUACAACUAGCUCACGAAGGUAGAAAUUAUUGUAAAAAGUAGUAUUGUUCUCACUCCAUUCGGUAAUCUGACUGUAACUAAUUCUAUACAUCUACAAGUGCAUGUAUAAUUUGUUAUAGGUUUGAUGUGCACAAUUGGUCUGUAUUGCUGAUUAAGUUUGUAGUUUUCUAUCA